AUGUCGAUGAAGCGUCCCGCCUCGCAGAGCCCAAGCAGUUCGAAGCGGCGAUCGGAAAGCCCCCUGCGCGUUGCAUGCCUUGGCGACUCCAACACUUGCGGAGGUGGGCUGGGGAAGCAGGGAGCCUACCCGGCACAGCUCCAGAGAGAGCUUGAUGAGCAAGCUGGUAGCAGCCAGUAUUUGGUAAAGUCAUUUGGAGUCAGCGGCGCGGUGGCUGCCAAUACUCCGGGGAAGAAAUGUUUUGUGCAUCAACAACGCUAUCAGGAUGCACUUGCCUUCAACGCCAACAUUUUUGUGGUGAUGUUGGGCACGAACGAUGCAUGGCAUCGUGGUGGUGAGCCUGAGAAAGUCGGCGAGUCUGUGGCCACACUGCUGGGAGACCUGCGAGUGAAGGCCGCAGCAUCGUCCAAGCCACACCCAAUCUGCGUUCUGGCGCUGCCUCCUGGCGUGAAGGAAGGCCGCCUGCGGCAGAACCUGGAACAGCACGUUCACCCAGCGCUCCGGAAGCUUGCGCACACCGCGGACACUGUCCUGGUAGAUGCGGAGUGGACACUGGAUAGCUUCCGGCCAGACAAGGUCCAUUUAUCCAUGAGCGGUGCCAAGACUCUCGCCGUGGCGAUCGCGUCGGCCAUUUGCUCGUGA